AUGUCCCGAAUUGACUUCGAAGAUGUAAUUGCAGAGCCAGAAGGGACUCACAGUUUCGACGGCAUCUGGAAGGCCAGCUUCACCACCUUCACUGUGACGAAAUACUGGUUUUACCGUCUGCUCUCGGGCAUCUUUGGCAUCCCGAUGGCACUCAUCUGGGGCGUCUACUUUGCCAUCCUCUCUUUCCUGCACAUCUGGGCGGUCGUGCCAUGCAUCAAGAGCUUCCUGAUCGAGAUCCAGUGCAUCAGCCGUGUCUAUUCCAUCUACGUCCACACCUUCUGCGACCCGCUCUUUGAGGCCAUUGGCAAAAUAUUCAGCAACAUCCGCAUCAGCACGCAGAAAGAAAUAUGAGUGACAUUUCGAGGAUAGAAGUCUACCUAUCCUUUUCCUUCCAUUUCCUUGGUGCCGGUUUCAAGUUGCUUAGCACAGCAACUGUUUAAAAAUGAACCUCUGGUUCAGAACCAAGAAGUCACAUUCUCGGUUUUCAUAACUAUCAUUUGUUUCUUCUGAGCUACGUUUUUUUUUUUUUUUUUUGACCCACCUGAAUUUUUUUAAACCAUUCGCCUUUUUGGCAUUACCUUUCCAUUUGCAUAUGAAUUCUGGUUUUGGAAAUGAUAGGUUGAGAGAAAUAUGAAGAACGGAAAACAACAACAAUAAAAACCAACCUCAACGGCCCACA